AUUUCAGUCCAUGCGACUGUUGCUUCAGGUCAGUCCACCUGCAGUGUGUCAAGAAUGGCGGGACGUGUACUUCUCCGAGUCUGUACAACAACAGUGCAGCUGAGGAGCAAUGUGGUGGCUCGACCGUUACACCGCGCUAUGGCCACAGCUAAAGGAGUACCAACCGAUGAAGAACAGGCGACUGGACUAGAGCGACGUGCUCUGCAGGCCCUCAAACGGGGAAAGGAUCCCUACAGUAUGCUGAAGCCCAAGGAGUAUGCUGGCACAAAGGCGGAGCCUCACAUUGUGCCAUGCAUUGGAACCAAGAGACUGGUGGGCUGUCUUUGUGAGGAAGACAACACAGCUAUUGUGUGGUUCUGGCUCCAUGAGGGAGAUGCUCAGCGCUGUCCUUCCUGUGGUUCCCACUAUAAACUGGUCCACCAUGAGUUGCCCCAUUGAAACUAAAUUCAACGCAAGCGCUGUACAAACAUACACAGAUACAAACAGGACAACACAGACGUCCAUAUUUGCCUCCUUCAUGGCCAUAUACUGC